GGAAAAAGAUUAUACUAUAUAGCACCAGCUUCCCCUUGCAUAACGCGGGCCUAUAGCUGACCAGCGACGGGCUCUUCCUUCGCGGCCGUCAGGAGCCAUGUUGCCUCCUAAUGUCAAGGGGAUCAUGGCCUCCCCGUCGUCCCUCUUCUCCAUUUAUGCCUCCUACACCGCCUCCAUGAUGCUCGCCCGCACUGUGGUCAAUGAUAUCGUCCCUCGUCCGGUCCAGUCCUACCUCUGGCGGGCCACCUGCCAACUCUUCAAGGCCAAGCUCCCUGUCCAACAGCACCUGACACUCGUCGUGGAGGAGCAUGCUGGGGACCUGGGCCGGAAUCAGAUAUUCGAUGCCGCCGAGCUCUAUCUCAGCACCAAGAUCGGGACCGACACAGAUCGCCUCAAGAUCUCUAAGAACCCCACCAAGAACCAUGUAAUGGUCCGCCUCGCGAGGGACGAGACCAUACAUGACACCUUCGAAGGGAUCGAGCUCAAGUGGAAGUUUGUCACUAUCACUACCCGUCAGGCCGGUGGCUCCUCCAAUGGCCCGGGGCAGGGCUCUCAAGAGAUGAAGCGGUGCUUUGAGCUGAGCUUCGACAAGAAGCACAAGGACAAGAUUAUCGGGUCGUAUGUGCCUUUCGUAAUUGAGAAAUCAAGCGAUCUGAAAGACAAAGAGAAGGUCCUGAAGAUGUUCACGCUCGGGGGUUAUGGCCGGUCCCGAGGAAAGUAUGGUAAUGGCGCGUGGAGUUGGAUUAAUCUCGAACAUCCUUCAACCUUCGACACUUUGGCCAUGGAGCCGGAGCUGAAGAAGGCUGUAAUGCACGAUCUAGACAGGUUUUUGGGGCGGAGAGAGUUCUAUAAGCGAGUCGGGCGGGCCUGGAAGCGCGGGUACUUGUUGUACGGCCCACCGGGGACGGGGAAGUCGAGUUUGGUGGCUGCUAUGGCGAACUACCUCAAGUUCGACGUGUAUGAUCUCCAGCUCUCGAACAUAAGGAGCGACUCUCAGCUGAGGCAGCUGCUGCUUGAUACUGGGAACAGUUCGAUCCUUGUGAUCGAGGACAUCGACUGCAGUAUCGACCUUCCGGAGCGAUCAGCACCCCCGGAUGGGACACCCAACAUGCCUCCGAGGCCUGAGCUGACAUUAUCAGGACUUCUGAAUUUCAUCGACGGGCUGUGGUCUAGCUGUGGAGAUGAGAGGAUAAUAGUAUUCACAACGAACCACGUAGAGAAGCUCGACCCAGCUUUGCUCCGGCCGGGCCGUAUGGACAUGCACAUCCACAUGUCCUACUGCACGUUCCAUGGCUUCAAGCUCUUGGCUGCAAACUACCUUGGCAUCCCUAAUACUGACAACCAUUGCCAUCGGCAUGUCUUCAUGGAGAUCAAGGACCUAAUAGCAGAGACCCAGGUGACCCCAGCAGAGGUUGCAGAAGAGUUCAUGAAGAGUGAGGAUUCUGGUGUAGCCCUCGAUGGACUUGUGAAGCUGCUCAAGCGGAAGAAAAUGGAGCCCCCAGCCGAUGGAAAAUCGGAGGUCAAUGAACAGAUCGAGGACCCACUGAGAAAAAAGCAGAAAGUUGAGGAUGAAACUAAAAAUUAAUGAAAAUGCCUUUUAAAAAAAAAAAAGAAAAAAUCUAUUAGAUGCUCUUACUAUAUUAACUAAAAUUACUCAUUGAUCGAUCAUCGACUUAUCACAAAAUACCUUCGUAAUGAUCACUCAAGUAUGCUUUAUUGUAAAUAUAAAGUAAUUUUAAAAUUGUUUUGUUCGUUAUUA